AUGGAGGCGGCGGCGGCAGCAGCAGCGAGACAGCAUCCUCCCGGGGUGCGCUCUCUGGGCAAAGCUCUGGCUGGCAUCCGUCCCCAGGAGCGUCCCGGCUACCCCCUGGCCUCCACCAAUGGCUCCAAGGCUGAGGCGCGGGUGCUAGUCAUCAACACUGGCGGCACCAUCGGCAUGGUGCAGGACGUGAAGGGACUUGCUCCUGAGGCCAAGAAAUUAGUAAGCAGCUUGAAAACAAUGCCAAUGCUGCAUGAUGAGACAUAUGCCCAGGAAACAAAACUGAACAACUUCCAUGAAUUUCCAGAUAACACAUUGGUGCUCCCUCUCUCUAAGCAAAACAAAAGAAUUUUUUACACAAUCCUGGAGCUCUCACCACUUCUUGAUUCUUCCAACAUGACGCCGGAUGAUUGGGCCAGAAUUGCAAAGAAACUUGAGGAGCACUAUGAAAAGUAUGAUGGUUUUGUGAUCCUUCACGGUACUGAUACCAUGGCCUACACAGCUUCAGCUUUAUCCUUCAUGUGUGAGAACCUGGGUAAAACUGUUGUUCUGACAGGAUCUCAGGUGCCCAUAUAUGAGUUGCAAAACGAUGGCCGAGCCAACCUUCUGGGGGCACUGCUGAUUGCUGGGCAGUUCGUGAUUCCUGAGGUGUGCCUGUAUUUUUAUAAUAAACUGUACAGGGGAAAUAGGGUGACUAAGGUGGAUGCUGGGAGUUUCAAUGCCUUUUCCUCACCUAACCUGCCUCCACUUGCAAAUGCUGAGGUUGAUAUUACAAUAAACUGGGAAACGGUGUGGAGAGCCAAUACAAAAAAAAAAUUUCAAGUUCACACCAAUAUGAACCGGAAUGUUGGGCUUCUGAGAAUCUUCCCAGGAAUCACCACUGCUGCUGUAAAAGCAUUUCUUCAGCCUCCAAUUGAGGGCAUUGUACUUGAAACUUAUGGAAGCGGCAAUGCCCCAAACAACAGAGAAGACUUGCUGGAAGAACUGAAGAUAGCAGCUGAACGAAAAGUAGUGAUUCUAAACUGUACUCAGUGCUUACGAGGGGCUGUUAAAACAGUCUAUGCAACAGGGCAGACUCUUGCUGAUGUUGGAGUGAUUCCUGGAGGUGAUAUGACACCAGAGGCAGCCCUAGCAAAACUGUCAUACACUCUCAGCAAGAGUAAGCUUAGCUGGGAGGAGAAAAGGCAGAUGCUGAGUGAGAAUCUAAGAGGAGAAAUGACUGUUGUACCUACAGGAGCCAAGAUCUCACUGAGAGAUAGCAAGUUUAUUCAAGUGAUUGCCAAAUCUCUAAGUAUCAGCAGCAAGGAGGAGUUAGAAGCUGUAAGAGAUGUUUUAAUUCCACCUUUGGCUUGUGCUGCAGCUAAACUGGGUGACAUAGAUGCACUAAGAGCCAUAGCAGAAAUGGGUGGAAACUUGAGCUGUGGAGACUAUGAUGGCCGAACUCCACUUCACAUUGCAGCCUCUGAAGGGCAUUUAUCAUUAGUUGAGUAUUUGUUGACAUCUGGUGCAACUGUUUAUGCUAGAGACAGAUACGGAUCUACCCCACUGAUGAACGCGAUCAAGUUCAGGCACAUGCAGGUGAUUAGUUUGUUACGAGAAACAGGAGCACACCUUUCAAGCCAUGACUUGGAGAACAUUGGAACAAUACUCUGCAGCCUCACAGCUAAAGGCGAUGUGGAUGGGCUGUAUGCCUGGUACCUAGCUGGUGCAGACCUGGAGCAAACUGGUUACGAUGGCAGGAAACCCCUACAAGUAGCAGAGGCUACAGGGCAUAAGGAAGUUCUUGACUUCUUUAGACAAAAGCAGUAAAGAAGAGGCUGCAGAAGAUGGUCACUCCUCU